AUGAUCGGUCGAGCAGCUAAACGUGCACGAGUUGAUGACAGUGGGGCGGAAGAGGUGGAAAAACAUGAUGGAGGGUUUGUCACACCCCUGCAAAUGUUUGCCACGUUUCCUCAUAAUAUAACAUUUGAGGAAACACGUGAAUUAAAACUUCUUGCCACUCCGGCAUCAAGUCCUGAUUCAGAUAUGUAUACUUUUAUUCACAACCGGCAAGAAUAUGGUGUCAUGCGAUUAGAGGAUGCCACCAUAUCAGCAGAAUUGCAAGUUUCAACCAAUGCGGGUGGAAAUCCUGGCAAUACGUUUAGGGUAGCGCCCAUGACACGACCCUUGGCAUUUGGUUGGAAAACGAAAGAAAUAUACGUAAACAACGAUCUGGUGAAUACCACCACGACACAUGAAUCAGAAAUUGCAUAUAUCAAUGCAUUUUUGACAGAAACACCCGACGGCCGGUAUGAUAAACGCGAUUUGUGUUUGGGGUGGUACGAUACCGCGGGUCAAUUUGAUGACACCGUGGGCUUUCACAAUGGUACUAACGUUGUGAAUGUGGGGGGUCGUAGAAGAGCGAAUGCUGUAAAUAUACACGCAAGAUUUAAAUGUCUUGACAAAUUGGAUUUGUUGGGGCAUAAUAAACGAUUUUGUCCCACUUCUUUUGAUGUUAAAGUGGAAUUAACAAGAUUGCCCAAACAUAAAUUUUUCACGGGUAUCGAUGCAAAUGUUACGGCUGUAAAGAUGAGGUAUCAUGAUUUAACAUUAACAAUUCCUAUGAUGAAACCCGUUGCUCAAUUAUCCGCCGCAAUUAAUGAAUUGAUGAUUCAGAAUUCAGAAGAAUGUAAAUUUUACACUACAACCUAUCGUUAUGUGGGCAAACCCUUGGCUAUCGGGGCUCAGAAUGUUCAGGUGAAUGAUAUUUUUAAUGGUGGGCGACCUACGCGAUUUAUUUGUUUCCAGAAAACCCAGGCACGGUACAACGGUGAUAAUGCGCUAAAUUUUCACAGCAUGCCAUUUCCCAACAUCAAUCAUUUUCAAGUGAAAAUUAACGAAGCUAAUAUCCCUCCGUUAAUCACCAAUUCGAAAGAAGCGUAUUUAAAUUUGAUUCGUGUCUUAGAUAAACGUCACAGUCAAAUGCCUGUGACAUAUUCUGCAUAUCAAUCUGAUUUUGGCAUCAUCGUAGUCGAUUUAACGACUAAUCGAGAUAGCUACAAUCAGGUUCUACCCAAUUCCACGGCCGGCGUAGUAAGCGUUGAUAUAAAAUAUACUGCAGCCCUACAAGCCGCACAACAAUUGGUUUUUAUUGGUGAGUUUAGAAAUCAAUUGUCCAUUGGUUAUAAGACAGCUGUUCGUAAUAAAUUUGAAUUUUAA